GUCGCACGCCGUUGCGCGUGCGCGCUACCAAAUCUCCAGGGCUCGUCGAGGUUCGAGACGCGGCGUUGCGCAGCAGUUAAAUUAAAAACAUUGGCAGCAGCAGCAGCAGCGUCGCCGUCUCUUCAAACUUCCGCGACUUCCCUUCGACACCCGCCACUUACGAUCGAUUUGCCGACCGUCUAGCCAGCUCGAUUUAAACGCGUGAAUAGAUCGCCGUUACAGAGUUUUUUUUGUGUGUUUUAUAUAUAUAUAUUUUUUUAAAAAACCUCAAGAAUCCACCACACAAGGCCGCUGUGAUGAUGCCCCGGGCCGAUUGCCAGAGCGGCGCGACCCCGAGGCCCGGGCCUAGCGGAUUCAGUUUUCGAAGAGCGACUCGGAGUCGUUCGCCGUCGCCAACGCAAUUAAACGCUUAAAGAAACCUUAAACACUUUAAACGUUCGUUACAAUUUUUUUGCACUCAGAAAUUCGCAUUGUUGGAUUUUGUGAUUUCGGGAUUUGUUGCUGCAUUCUCCCAACGUUCACCUUUCUUCCCCGCCAUCUGUCAUCGUAGCACCCCCCCACCCACCACCACCCUACCGUCUUAGAGGCGACUUUCCCCGCGAGGAAUCCAGGCGAGCCCGGCGCUUCGCUCGGUCUCGGGCGAAAGCAGCAAAUUUUCAGUGCGGGUUUGUGGCUCUUGGCAACGACGGCUAGAGGAGCGAAUCUUGUUGUUUUAAGUCUCGCCUCGGCCUAAAAGGAUUUAUCAGUGACCAGUAACGGCAGUGGGCGACUAGUGGCACGAAACUUCCAGUGCGUUGCGUCGACCGAGGAAGAUUUGAACUGUGAAGUUGCUCCGUGGAGUCGCUGCUCCUGCUGCUACUGCGAGACGCCACCGCGACGAUGAAGCUCCUCGAGAACGAGAAGUUUGAAGCCAUCAACUCGCGGCUCACCAUCGAGACGGGCGACUGCCGCAUCAUUGGCAGAAUCGAGAGCUACUCCUGCAAAAUGGCCGGUGACGACAAGCACAUGUUCAAGCAGUUCUGCGCCGAGGGGGAACCGCACCUCCUGCAGGCGCUCUCCCCUCCACAGACGUCCGGAAUCAGCCCCAACAAGCUGAGCAAGAGCCAGAGCGGGGACGAGGGGGAGCACCCUCUGUGCGACACGUGCUGCCGCAAGACCCUCUUCUACCUGAUCGCCACGCUCAACGCCUCCUUCAAGCCCGACUACGACUUCAGCCGCGCCAAGAGCCACGAUUUCAGCAAGGAGCCCAGCCUCAGCUGGGUCACGAAUGCCGUCAACAGCAGCCUCUCGUCGGCGGCUGGAGGAGAAUUUGGAGAUUUGAAGCCGUUGCUGUGGAAAGCCAUCGACGACGAGAUUGGCAUGAACGAGUGCGACAUCUACAGCUACAACCCGGACCUGGACUCUGACCCGUAUGGCGAGGAAGGCAGCCUGUGGUCCUUCAACUACUUCUUCUACAACAAGAAGCUCAAGCGCAUUGUGUUUUUCACCUGUCGUUCGGUCAGUGCGUACUCGCUGCUGCGAGACUCCGGACUCGCCAGCGAAUUUGACAUGGAGCUGGACGAGGAGGAUGGAGUGUCAGACGACUGCGAGGAUGAAGAGGCGGGAUGUGGGAUGGACUGAGACCUCUACUGGCUGUUGAAGAUUGUAUCUCUUAACAGAAUCCUUUUGAGCCCCAUGCAGAGAUUUGCAAGUUUGAUUAUCUGCUUGGCAAACUCCCUGCUAGCUCAGCCCCAUGUUUUGUCGCAUCAAAGCAUCUUACAUUCCUUUACAAGGCAAAGCACUGCACUUUUCUCCUAAGCAGCAGAGAUUAAAAAUAUAAAAAUCCAUGUAAACAAAGCUUGCGAAUUGAAUGACAAAAAAAGGAAUAACUUUGUUCAGAGCAGAUUCCAAGCCAUAAAAAAAAAUAUUUCGGCUAAAUAAUACUCUCUGGUAUAUAACGUCGCAUAAACGCCACGACCAAUUAGCCACCCCACAUCCAUUCGCAGUAUUUGUGCACAGUGUCACUGCCGUUUUCUAGUAGAUGUUCACACAUCACACCUUUUUACACACAGCUAUGUUCUCAAUCUCGCAUGCAUCCGCUCACUUAUGAGGCACAAGUGAAUCUCUUCCCCACGUUUUAAUCAGUUUGCGUUUUGCUUCUUUCCAGUAACCCAUUUGGACAUGAUAGUGCAACUGCCAUAUUCUAUAGAUGUACACAUAUCCAACCGUUUCACAUAUCCGCCUACAACUCAGUCCACAAUGAGUGGGAUAUGUGAUGUACCGUAUUAUAAUUUAUCUGGCGGAGUUUCGCUGAGUCUCGGGACUCUUAUCAGUCGAAUCCUGCAUUAGUACGUGAAGUCAAUCUCUUACCAUUUUGUAAGUGGGGAAAAAAAUUGAGUAUCAAAAAAAAAAGCACGCAUCCGUCGAUAAUUCAUCAACCCGCUUGCUUCACUGCCAACUUAUGGCCACUCCGUGGAGCAGCAGGUUGGGUGUCUCGCGAUAUACAUUAAUCUCCGCGUGAGCCACCAACUCCGCCACAAAAGCGGUGAUUAAUGUUUGUGUGCGCGAACGUGCCCGGACAGAGCAUUUAUGUCUCAAAAAGUGUCAGAAAUACGGAACGCGGUUCACGCUUAGAAAUAUAAGGACCGGCCUUCCAUCAUGUCCACCAGAUCUACAUGCGUACGAACAGGGAGGAGGCAUGCCUACGAUUCUGCAGUAACCACUCUGCAUAAAAAAAACAGUUGUAGCUGGUACGGGGCUAUAAUGUCAGCAGAGGACAGUGCAACAAAACGUACAUCAUUGCACGCUCCAGCUACGUUCCUCACCUUCAACCUGCAUUGUGAAGUGUGGUCAAAGCAUUCCCGUGACCAACACGAUGUGGGGAGGCCGUCGUCCAGCAGUGGAUUGACAAAAAGGCCGUACGUGGCCAAGUCUCCAGGAGUUUGUUUCGCCAGGAGAUGAACCCCAUGAGAUGCGUGAAACGGCAUUUCGCUCUUGGGAUACAUCGCACCAUUUCGAGUGCGUGGAAUAUUUUUUGAUUAAGCGUUUAAAAAUGUUCACAAAUCUAGACUAAAUCUAACAAUUUUCAUCAAAACAGUUGAGCGAGGCUAGGCACAGAAGGCGAUUUGCACUUUUAAAUUUGAAAUGUACAAGAACUAUGACAUUCUGGAGAGGAAUCUGUUCUAGCAAAUCGAGGGAAUGCAAAAAAUAGGUUUGUAUAUCUAUGCAUGUGACCCACAGUCCUGUUAACACGACCGCCCCUGUUUUACAUUGCAAAGACAUUCUGAAAAACCAGCUGAAAUUUAUAACACGACACAAUGCUCCUCUACGUAACUCGUUGGGGCAAAACUUUUUUUUUUUUAAAUGGGAAUCAUUUUCGCUCAGCAAACUCGCCAGAUGUCCCCAGAGUUUUAACUUUUACAGAUAAGUAGCAUCGUUCAGAGCUCAUUCAUCAUCACCAGCUUUUAUUCUGCCAAAGAGAAAUGCUGAAUACGUUUAGGGAGUAACUUUUUUCUUUCUGCUUGUGGGGAAGGCCAUUGUGUUUUGCGCUCAAGACUGCUUCUCGGAAAGUGUAGAAGCCGUGUACAGCCGUGUACAUAAAAGAUUUGACACCGUCCCAUGUUGAAGUUGCGACCGCGAGUCUGCAACCACUGCUGCAAGAUUAUUUGUGGGGCACGGCACGGCGUGUUCUGUCUGUGUACAUUUACGUUUCGGGGACAUUUACUGUGACCUGCAGUUGAAGGACAGGUUUUUGCGGGUUUUCUGUUUUGUUUCUGUAAAAAAAAAAGUGUAAACAUUACUUAAAAUGCAAAAAAAAAUCCAAUUAGUUUAAUUUGCAGAAAAGCCACAGUUGGACUUUUCGCUGUGUUUAUGCAGUUAAAUUUUUCAAAGUAAUCAGUUGUGGAAAUUUUAAUUCAUAUGUUCAUUCCGAGAGACGGGCAUUUCCUUGUUCCGAAUACAGUCAUCAUCGCUGCCUGAAUUACCACCAUCACCAGCAUAC